AUGGUGGUCGCGCUUGGUCCCUGCAGGUUCUACAGCGGCAGCCUCCCGCGCCCCCGUGUCUUCUCCAGCAACCGCGUCGACCCGCCAGCGCCCGUCACCGACGCGCUGCUCUGCUGGGCGCGCGACGCGCACUGGUCCAUGGGCGGGCUCGCCGUGAAGCGCCUCCGCCUGCAGGGCCGCAUCGAGGGCAACCUCGUCAAGCUUCGCCGCACCGCGCGCCGCGACGCUAGGGUCUCCGCCAAGUCCGCCAAGGCCAAGGUCCGUGCCGCUGGGCACGGGCCAGCCCCUGCCACCCUCGACGACGCGUUGGGCUCCAACGAUGAUGAUUCGGAGGACGAGGCGGAGGUCGCGGCCCAGGAGAAGGCGCUGCGGCGCGAGGUCGUCAAUGAUGACGAGGACUCCGAGUCCGGCGAGUCGGAGGGGGAGGGGGUCCCGUUCGUGACCAUCGCCGCGGCCGGCUUACCGCUGGAGCCGGGUUAG